CGAAGGCGCAUGCAUCUGCCGGCUGGUCUGUCGCCGGGCGUGAUCUUCGCUUCCAGGCCGCCCGAUGGCCACCGCCGCUCUCACUCUUCAUUUUGCGCGGCCAGGGAAUCCCCUCCGACAUCGGUACACUCAUAUCCGAGUCGCUGGAUCAGCCCCCCGCCGAUCCCAAAGCGAGCUCUUGCCUUUCCAAGCCUUCGUCGGUCUGUUCUCACAACUCCGCUUACGUUCGAUUUCGAAGCGAAUCUCGUCGUGCAACCGCUCCACAUCCCGAGGAGCAAAGGCAUCCCAUCCGAGCGCGCGUUCCCCUGGUUCUGGGCCACGAGACUCCCUUCAAGCGGUGCAGCAGCAGGUCUACAUCGUUAGCAACAAGUGUGUGAAGCCAGCCAGUGCCAACACGACGCCCCGAGACGAUAGCCUCAGUUGUGAAAUCGAGCUGCUCCAGACAAACACAGGCCCUGGACUUAGCAGCGUGGAAAAUGUCCAUUGAAAGCGUACAAGACAGCGACGCUACUGGCCAACCGCGGCCGUCUAACAUGGCUAACAAGACUGUGCAUGCACUACAGCCUCCCAUGGCACAACAGACCCAGUAUUCGGACAUGCUUCUCGGCGAUAUGAUGGGCUGUGACGUCGACGCCUGGUCACGUCCGCAGCAACAGCAGCAGUAUGCUCCACAGCCACAACAGUUCGGCUUCGCCUGCCCUCCGGCAGUGCUCACGCGCCACACGUCGAUGCCUGUCCGCCAGAUGACGCCCACACAGUACCAGCAGCCACAGCCGACGUCGUUUUCCAUGGGCAUGCCGCCGACACUUGCGCGGCACCACAGUCACGGUUACGUAUCAGUCAUGCAGCAGCAACAGGGAUACCAAGCCUCUAUGAACGUGCCGAUGCCUCCUCGCCAGGUGCACGUGAACGAAAUGCAGCACCUUCUCGAGAUCAGUAUGGGCCAGCAGCAGCCUCUGCAGUACCACGUUCCGUCGCAGCGAAUGAUGAAGCCCGAGCCUAUUUCGUCCUCCUCGGCCAUGAACGUCGAGCCGAUCGCCUUCACUCCCGCGGACAACAAUGCUAAGGUUGCCAUGGACGACCUUGACCCCAUUGCCUACUCUGUGUUCGGAAACGCCGCCCCUAAGCCCGCUCUACCGGGUAUGCCUCAGGACAUCCAGCAAAUCGAGUCGGCUUUUGACUCACUGGACCGCCUUCUACCCGAGAUCGAGCAGGAGAUGCUCUUCCGUUCCACCGAAUUGGACCAGUUUGCUCAGGCCACCAUCGCUGCUCAGGUGAAAUCGACUACCAAGUCUCCUAAGAGCAUGGCUACCUGCAAGGUUGAGGGAUGCGAGCGUCGUGUGCGCUCCAAGGGAUUCUGCAAGACCCACGGUGGCGGUCGCAAGUGCAGCAUUGAGGGCUGCAAGAAAUCGAGCCAGAACGGCGACUUCUGUAUUGGUCACGGUGGUGGCAAGAAGUGCAAGGAAGAGGGCUGCGCUAAGGCGGCUCAGUCUCACGGUCUGUGCAAGGCUCAUGGCGGUGGUGCUCGCUGCAAGUUCCCCAACUGCAACAAGAGCUCACAGGGGGGCGGUCUUUGCCGUGCCCACGGCGGUGGCAAGCGCUGCCAGGCUGCUGGCUGCCCCAAGGGCGCCCAACGCGGCAACUUCUGCGCCACUCACGGCGGCUUCCGCAACUGCAAGAUCGAGGGCUGCGUCCGCACGGACCGUGGCGGAGGUUUCUGCGAGGUGCACCGUCGCGGUCGCCUCUGCAAGGUCGAGGGCUGCAAGAAGCUCUCUCGCAACCAGGGCAUGUGCACGAUGCACAUCCGUGAGGACAAGCAGGUUGCUAUCAACUCGAAUCAGCCAGUGAACGCUGAACCUGUUGCUGCCGCCCUGGCCGUCUGAAGACCAUGAAGGUCUUCAAUUUAUCCUGAUCGACUUCUGGGCUUUCCGUCCUUCUCUUUCUACAAACUCUGCGUGAACGUCAUCCCUCAUUCAAUUGGAAGAUGAGGAGGGGAAGAACCAGAACAAGGAGUCGAUGGCGGACUUUGCUCCGAGCUACCGCCUAUCGCUCGGGCCUAUUUGUCUCUAUGUCUCAAGCUCGUAUUCAUCGGCGUCGUGCCAACCAGUCUAGUAGUCUACGUGAAAUUCUUUGUCAAGUAUUUAAAGCGCAUGGUGAAUCAAAGAAAAGCAAUGUAUCAACUUCAUCUCUAG